ACGUACUGGAUUGGUGGACCCUAUACAUGUUUUGCGUGUCUGAGAAGUGGGAGGGUGAAGAAGCUCUACAAACGUGAAAAUAGUACAGGCAAGGCGCAACAAGGAAGAAACCCCGCUGUGUGUCACUCUCUUUGUCGUCGCUAAAAGCCUUUUCUCACCAUUUUUCUUCCUACACCUUUCUUACGUAGCUUCUUGUACCUUCCAGACCUUCCUCUUUUUUCUUGUUUUUUCUCUCUCGUCAAAUUGCAGUGCCCCAGUUGUCGUCAUCCACUCCAAACACCGUCUAAACUAAACUGCCACCCAAACACCUUUUAACGACGACGGCGAACCUUUUUGAUUUCCAACUCAUCCCCACCUGGCUCUCGUCCAUGCCAAGCAGAAAAGCUCUGAACCCGUCUCUUUGCUUCUCGUUUCCGAUUCACCCAAAUGCCCUCCAACUUCCUCUCUGAUUCCGCCUCUACCCCAACCUCCAACCACCCCCCCUCCGACUCCUCCGUCACCGCCGCCUCUUCUUCUUCCGAUUCGAGCAGCGACGCCCUCUCACUCACCUCUUCUUCUUCCUCUGUUGCUUCUCGACUCUCGGAGAUGUGGAACUACCUCUGGAUUCCAUUUAUGAUUUCGUUGUCUAAGGAGCUCAGCCUCGCCAAGGCUCAAUCCGGGAUUUUCCUUCCCGGUGAGUUCGAAGCUGACUCGUCGUCGCCAAGGUGUACGGAACCGGAACCCAGGUUGAAUUACCGGCCCGUCAUCGGGAUUCUCAGCCACCCCGGCGAUGGUGCUUCUGGACGACUCAGUAACGCCACCAAUGCCUCCUACAUCGCUGCCUCCUACGUCAAAUUCGUCGAAUCUGCUGGUGCUCGUGUUAUUCCCCUCAUAUACAAUGAGCCUCCCGAUAUUCUAUUCCAGAAGCUUAAUCUGGUCAAUGGAGUGCUCUUCACUGGUGGGUGGUGUAAAUCUGGUCGCUAUCGUGAGGUUGUGGAGAAAAUAUUCAAGAAAAUUUUGGAGAAGAAUGAUGCAGGAGACCAUUUUCCAUUAUAUGCCAUCUGUUUAGGUUUUGAACUAAUAUCAGUGAUUCUCACGAAGGAUAGGAGCAUUCUUGAACCCUUUAAUGCAGCAGAUAUGGCAUCAAGUCUACAAUUUACGAAGGAUCUUAAUAUUGAAGGAACUGUGUUUCAGAGAUUUCCUCCGGAUUUGCUGAAAAAGUUGAGUACAGAUUGUCUUGCCAUGCAAAAUCAUCGUUAUGGUAUCUCACCAGAAAGAUUUCAGGAGAACCAGUAUCUAUCUAGCUUUUUUAAGAUCUUAACAACUUGUAAGGAUGAAGAUGAUAAGGUCUAUGUCUCCACAUUACAAGGACGCAAUUAUCCUGUGACUGCUUUUCAAUGGCAUCCAGAGAAAAAUGCUUUUGAAUGGGGCUAUCCAACGAUUCCACACUCAGAGGAUGCCAUUCAAGUGACUCAGCAUGUUGCAAACUAUUUGGUCAGUGAGGCCCGGAAGUCAUUAAACAGGCCACCUACUCAGAAAGUACUUGACAAUCUAAUCUACAACUACAAAACAACUUAUUGUGGACGAGCAGGGAGGGGAUAUGAUGAAGUUUACAUCUUUACACGAUCACCGAUGUGAAUUCUACGACACUGUUUCCCUACAUGUACAUGUAAAUUGUCAAAUGAAUUGGUGUAAGUGGAAAAACUGUGAGAUUGUUAGAAAUACAUCCAUUAUAUUUUUCUGUGAUUAUGUGGACAUUAUUUCCCAGUAACCAACAUUGUUUGUUAUUUUGGUGGUUUCAAAUGUUGGCGCUGAGUCUUUGUACUAGACCUUGGCAACUUUAUUUUUUAUUUUUUUUCUCUGUGCUUGACCAUGUAUUUAUGUAUAUACAAAAUAUAUUAAUGCUAAAGAACCCGGUAAUGGUUUUGGUGCUGGUCGCAAAUUUUUGCCCGGCCUGCAUUCAAAACAAAGGGUUUGGACACCUUUCCUAA